AUGGAUCUGCUAGAGGGAGUGAAUAUCACCAGCCCAGUGCUUUUAAUUCAUGGUACUGUUGGUAAGCCUGCCCUGCUUUCCGUGAAAUACACCAGCACCAGCAAUGAUAAGCCUGUAAUAAAGUGGCAAGUAAAGCGGGACAAGCCUGUUACUGUGGUACAGUCUAUUGGCACAGGGAUUAUUGGAAACCUGCGCGCAGACUACCGGGAUCGGAUUAAAAUCUUUGAGAAUGGCUCCUUGCUGAUCCAUGAACUGCAGUUAUCUGAUGAGGGCACAUAUGAAGUAGAGAUCUCCAUUACGGAUGACACCUUCACAGGGGAGAUGAACAUUAACCUUACAGUGGAUGUUCCAAUUUCAAAACCUCAUGUUGUUCUGGCUUCCUCUACUGUAUUGGAGUUAAGUGAGUAUUUUACAUUGAACUGUUCACACGAGAAUGGCACCAAGCCCUCCUACACAUGGCUGAAGGAUGGCAAACCGCUCAGCAAUGACUCCCGCCUGAUCCUCUCCCAUGAUCAGAAGGUGCUCACCAUCACCCGAGUCCUAAUGUCUGAUGACGACACGUACAGUUGUCUGGUAGAGAACCCCAUCAGCAAUGGCCGCAGUAUCCCCAUAAAGCUCACGGUGUACAGAAGGAGCUCCCUCUAUAUAAUCCUCUCCACAGGGGGGAUUUUUCUUCUAGUUACCUUAGUGACUGUCUGUGCCUGCUGGAAGCCAUCCAAAAAGAACAAACGCAAACUGGAUAAGCAAAGUUCCUCUGAAUAUGUGGAUCAAAAUGAUGAGCAUUUAAAACAUGAAGUUGAGAUUGUUCCCCGAAGUGGAGAACAUGAGCGCAAGAAUCCAGUGGCUUUAUACAUCUUGAAGGACAAAGAAUCUCCAGAAGCAGAAGAGGAAUCUCUUCCUGAUUCUAGAAAUGCCGUUGAACCAGCACCACCCAGUUACUCCAGCUCCCCACCUCCUCCUGGAAGAUCACCUGGACCACCCGUUCGGUCUGCUCGCCGAUAUCAUCGGUCUCCAGCCAGGUCUCCAACCACCUCCAGAACACAUAUAUCACCCACCAGGUCCCCCACCUCGCUCGGGCGCAUCACAAAUCCCACACGCAUGGUGCGGACUGCUGGAGUUCAUAUAAUCCGAGAGCAGCAAGGGGAAGCCAGCCCCGUGGAAAUCAAUGCCUGAGGGUAGUUGGUGGUGGGUGUGAUGAAGAAUCCCCUCUCUGCCUGUGAAUGUUUGGGGGGGGGGGUCGCAGCAAUGUGUUUGCACUGGGCAUGUUUACAUGCAAGUGCUUGUUUCCUCUAAAGGGAAGAUGCCUGGAUUCUGCUUGUAGAUAAAAGUGAAUCACAGUGUUACCACUGGCUGGAUGGACACGCUUUAAAAAAGUUUACAGUAGGUUCAACGCUCCUGCUUCAGUAUGUUUUUUUAAAGGCACUAACUUGCUAUUUGUAACACCCAAGGAGCAGCACCACACAGGUGUGACUAAAGCUUUAGCUUUCGGAGAUGCCCAACUAAUUGCCUUAAAGGCUGCUGUUUCUAGCCAAGCAUUUUGGGAUUUUGUAUGCAUUGGCAGUGUAUGGGAGAAUGUAUCCAAUGGGAAUGUAUCCACUAGUCACAUGUCUUGGAUUAUAUCAAUGUUGUCAAAGAUGCCCUGAUGUGUGCCUUUUGGUUUUUUUGUAAUUAAUGUUAAGAAUACUUGUUAGGCUUCCAGUAACCCCAAAUUUUGCUGCAUUCUCCUUUUUUUUUUAGAAACUGCCAGCAACUGCUGUUGAUGGCUGUUACUGACCCUUGAAGCUGUAACAAGCUUCUUGAUUCAGGAUAUGAUUUCAGGAUAUCCCAUUUCAGGUAUUCCUGAUCCACAUCUAGCUUUUCUUGACACAGACACUAACUCCCUUGAAAUCACAAUAAUUCCCCAAAGGACACCUCAACCAUCUCUCCCAGAUGGGUAUACCACUUUCCGGAUUGUAUAACAGCCAGUUUUACAUUGCUCAUCCUGGCCUAAUUUUAAAUUGGACUUAAGACGGACUUUCUGAAAGUGCAGUAACCCUCAUUGACCUGGGAAUGAACAUAUAUCCAGAGGUCUGGACAUAGCAAGAUUUGUUUGUGUCUCCAUGCUUGAAUAUGUGUGCUCAUACUUCUUUGGGCCAAAUAGGGUCCUGGAGGAUGCACACUUCCACAAAGAGCUGAACGCUGGUUUUUGAGAUGGAAGAGCUGCAGGUCUGUUCUCUGCAAGCGUGGGGGAGAGCCAUAGUUGAGUGACAGAAUGCAAGCUGUGCAUCCAUAAUAUUCCAGGUUUGGUCCCUGGCAACUCUUAUAAAAGCGUUGUGGAUAGGAGGGCUAGGAAAGGCCCUUGUCGGAGAAUCCCUACCGGUCCAAGUACAUGUAAAGACAUCAAUGGUCUGACUGGCUAAGGGUGUUUCCUAUGUUCACAUAACCUAACUAUGGCAAAUCUCUGCUUUGUUAUGGUUAUUUAUGUGGUUCUCUUUGGAUAUCUGCUGGAGUGAAUUUGUGCUUGUAAUCAGUAUUGGAGAUAUUCAGUGGCUGAAUGAACCAUGCAGUCAUGUUCAUCUCUUUUGUCCCCUCCAGGCAGGAAAUGCCAGGGUGCAGGCAUUGGCUUGAAUGAAAUGCCAAGUUGAUAUGUGCUUUUUUGGUGUU